CGACAUCUAGUGGCACAAAUAUGAAUGUCAGGUCACUCCACUGGCACUGACAGUUCCCUGCGUUAAUCCGCACCCCGGACAGGUCGGUGCGGAUCUAUGAUGCUGAGAUUUGGAUUCGCGUGGUCUACAUUAUCAGCCACCAGCAAACACAUCGCACAGGCCAGGCUCUUCACCGGAUCCCCUCUGCGCAAAAACAGUCCUCGUCCAGUAUUAUAUUACAGCCGGUGCACUGGACUACCACAAGCCCUCCAGUUUUGCCAAAAGUCAGUUCUUGCCAGUACCAGAUUGUUCUGGGACAGCUCCAGGUCUUCUGGAGUGAAUUUCUUCAGCAUGGCAUCAGGAGGUGAUGCACCGGACAGAUCAAAGACCCCAAAACACACCAAUCGCCUGAGUAAAGAGAAGUCUUCCUAUUUAUUACAACAUGCGCAUAACCCUGUGGACUGGUAUCCAUGGGGGCAAGAAGCCUUUGAUAAAGCAAAGAGUGAAGACAAGCCCAUUUUUCUUUCAGUGGGUUAUUCCACCUGUCACUGGUGUCACGUGAUGGAGAGGGAAUCGUUUGAAGACGAGGAGAUCGGAAAAAUCCUCAGCAAGAACUUUGUCUGUAUAAAGGUGGACAGAGAGGAGAGGCCUGAUGUGGACAAAGUUUACAUGACAUUUGUGCAGGCGACCAGUGGCGGUGGUGGUUGGCCAAUGAGUGUGUGGCUCACACCCGAUCUCAGGCCUUUCAUAGGUGGCACUUACUUUCCACCCAGAGACAGUGGAAGAAGACCUGGACUGAAAACGGUGCUUUUACGAAUUAUGGAACAAUGGCAAAGCAACAGAGAAACCCUGGAGUCGAGUGGAGAGAGAGUACUGGAAGCCCUCAGGAAGGGGACAGAAAUUUCUGCCAGCCCUGGAGAAACUCUUCCACCCGGCCCAGAUGUUGCCAACAGAUGUUACCAGCAGCUGGCUCACUCUUAUGAAGAAGAAUAUGGAGGUUUUCGAGAGGCACCGAAGUUUCCUUCACCUGUGAAUCUGAUGUUCCUGAUGUCAUUUUGGGCAGUAAAUCGUGCCAGCUCUGAGGGAGCAGAAGCACUGCGAAUGGUCCUUCACACUCUCCGAAUGAUGGCACUAGGGGGCAUUCAUGACCAUGUGGCACAGGGCUUUCACAGAUACUCCACAGACUCCUCCUGGCAUGUUCCUCACUUUGAAAAGAUGUUAUACGAUCAAGGCCAGCUUGCUGUGGCCUAUAUCACUGCUUACCAGGUGUCUGGGGAACGCCUAUUUGCAGAUGUGGCUCGUGACGUGUUGCUUUACGUCUCCAGAGACCUAAGUGACAAGUCUGGUGGCUUCUAUAGCGCUGAGGAUGCAGAUUCUUUUCCUACGGUGGAAUCCACUGAGAAGAGAGAGGGAGCGUUUUGUGUGUGGACAGCAGGAGAGAUCAGAGAGCUGCUUCCUGACAUUGUGAAAGGUGCCAAAGGAGCCAUAACACAGGCGACGAUCUUCAUGCAUCAUUACGGUGUGAAAGAGCAAGGCAACGUGGACCCCGCUCAGGACCCCCAUGGAGAGCUGCAGGGUCAGAAUGUGCUGAUUGUGCGUUACUCAGUGGAGCUCACCGCUGCUCACUUUGGCAUCAGCGUGGACAGACUGUCUGAGCUGCUGUCCGAUGCCAGAGCCAAGCUGGCCGAGGUGCGGAGAGCACGCCCACCUCCUCACCUGGACACCAAAAUGCUAGCUUCCUGGAAUGGACUGAUGCUGUCCGGGUUUGCACGUGUCGGAGCCGUGCUGGGCGACAAAGCUCUGCUGGAAAGAGCUGAGCGAGCAGCUUGUUUUCUCCGAGAACACCUGUGGGACGAAGAGGGGGAGAGGAUUCUCCAUUCCUGUUACCGUGGAGAUGAUAUGGAGGUGGAGCAAGCUGCAUCUCCCAUUGCAGGCUUCCUGGACGACUACGCCUUUGUGGUGUGUGGGCUGCUGGACCUGUUUGAGGCCACGCAAAGGCUCCACUGGCUGCAGUGGGCUGAAGAACUCCAGCUGAGACAGGAUCAGCUCUUCUGGGAUUCCCAGGGCAGUGGCUACUUCUGCAGCGACCCCUCAGAUCCGACACUGCUGUUAGCUCUCAAACAGGGUGAGGAGCAGAAAUGUGACAUCAUGUGUGAUGGUAUCUGUAUUAAUGGUGUGGAAAGCCUAUGGAUCUCGGCUUUUUUCUUUGGUAAUCUGUGGGUGGCUAUGAGUCACGGAAAGGAUAAUGAAGAUCUGUAGCUGUUAGUCUACAUUCUGCAUCACUCCACCGCUGAUAGCACCAGCACACUGCACUCCCAUGGACCCUCGCCUGGGUAACUCUGUUUCAACCAGACACACUCUGCUGAAACCGACCCAUUCUCUCCUUACGUAACCGCAUCCCUGUCUUUUAUUAUGCUGUAAUGUCCGUCUCUCUUUUCUAUCUCACCCAAACACACUGCCUUUUUUCACGCCAUUUCUUUUUCAGUCCCUCUUCUGAGGAAUUCCUAUAUCUCCUCCUCAACCCUCUUCCUGUUUCUGGGUACAAUUUGACCAAUAUAGAAGACUGAUCCAGUACAUCAAAGACUGUUUUGUUAAAGCAAUUGCUAUUUCCUUGAAGUAACACCACCUCCCUUUUAUUUCACGCUGUGCACCAUUCAUCACCUUCUGCGUGUCAUUGCUAUGGAAGUGGAAUGAGAGAGUGAUUUUUCAUUCUUUUUUUGUCUCCCACGACAAUACAAAAAAGAAAAAAGAUCUGCACACAUACUUUCAAACUAUAUAAGUGCCGGGGCUUAAUGUCCCGAAUGACUUGGCUCCAUAUUUUCUCUGCAGGAAUUGCUAGUACGAGCCGAUGCGAGCAAAUAGUGCCUGGGCCGUGACUGAUGGCACUGGGAAAAUGGCACUGACACCAAUGAGAUAUGGAUGAUAGCUGAGAAAGCUAACUGUUAUGUUUUUGUUGUUGCUUCUGAUAAAUUAAAAUGGACAUAAGACAGAUUUUUCAUCUUCUUUGAGUGACUGGGCCAUAAUAUAGUGAGCCAGAGUUGGCUCCUUUAGAAGCCAUGUGGUGCUGUCACGUGUCAGAAACGAGUCCCUUCACCUCUCUCUGUCGGUGGAAGAUGGAUUGCCUCCCAAAGCAUCUGCCACUCUACAUUUUACGCCUUGCCCAAACUAGAAAAGACCAAAACGAGUCAGCUUUGCCAUUUUGUAAAAACCACAGACUGUGAAGCCACUAGAUUUUCCACAAAAAAAAAAAAAAAGCUAUUGGGUUUCUUUAUUUUGGC